UUAUUUUCGAGGGGGUCUAUAAGUUAUGAUUUAUUGGUUAAAAGUUUGUAUUUUUAGCUUAUAAGUUAGACUUCGCAGUUCUCAGGGGGUGUUUGGAACCGAUUCUGAUUCUGCUUCUUUUUUAAAGAAAAAGCAGAAUCAGAAUCAGUUUUCAGAAGCUGGUCACCCCCAGCCUCUAAAAAAACUGAUUCUAGGAGUAAAUUAGAGCACCCGAAUCACUUCUGCACUUUUACCUAAACACUCCAACUUCUGCUUCUGCUCCUUCAGCCUAAGAGCAUUUCUAACCUGAUCCGCUCCCUAUACAUAUAAUUAUAUAUAUAUAUAUAUGGAGGUUCAAAUACAAAGUGCAUCUUAUAUGAAAAGUGAGAAGUGAUCUUAUAUGAAAAGUGAAAAGUGAGAAAAUGAAUGGAUCAAAUCAAUUUUAAAGUGGAAAAUUCGGUGCCAAUAGUGUAAAUAUUAGAAAAUUCGGUAUGAAAGUGUAAAUGAUAAAUAGAAAGUAGUUUGGCUGCUGACUUGAAAGCGAGAGAUUUGGAAAUAUUCAGAUUGCUAAUAAGCAAUUGCGUUCUUGAUAGUUUUCCCGAUGAAAUUGAUCAUCUUAAAUGUGAGAUUUCUGUUGCGGAUCAGAUUGAUCGUGGGCUAUAUUCUUACAAACGAACCAAAUUUUGGGAGGAUGUCUCUCCUCAUCUUAAAAGGAUGCAAGAUGUUGAAAGAGACAUGAUCAAGAAAUCUGUUGAAGAAAUUAAGUGCAUAAAAGAGCAAAUUGAGUGCAUAAAGUUGUUGCCCAUAAAAGAAGUGCACCGUGAAGUUGAAGAAGUGGUGGCUAAAUUUUUCCCCAUCAUUGAGGGCAAGGACAAAGAGUGUGAGGACAUGGAUAGCAUUCUCGGAAAUCUAAUAAGUGAUAUCCAAGAUACAUGUCUUCAUAUGAUAAGAAUUCGGAAAAAGUUCAGGCAAAAAUGUCCUACGCUAACAUUGAAAAGGAAACUUAAAAUGCACAAUUUGACUGGGUUAAAGAGAACUCUGGAUUCAUUGGAGGGGCUGGCCUGUUCAUUCAAUGAUAGAUGGAAGCACUACGCCCCCUUAUUUACUCCUUUUUAUGCAAUUGGAGUGAAAAAGGCAACUAAUCGAUGAAGGGGAGAUUAGAUCAGCAUUUCUUGUUCAUGUCAAUUCUCUCAGUAUUGGGAUCUGGAGUUGGCAUCGUAUCCAGUAUGGCCCUUCAACGUUUUAUGAUGUUCCAUAAACUCCUGUUAUCUUCUCAGUGUACGGAAAUUCGUUUUGAUGAGUUAUGAGGAUCCAGGAGAAAGCUAAUCGCCAUCACUGAGUCUGAUUCCACUUCAAAAUCGCUAUAUCCAGCUCCGGUCGCCCAACUUAUAGCUCGGCAGAUGGUUUUUAACUCCGCUUCAAGUGUUGAGGAAGCCUCCACGUUAAAGCUAACUGCACGAAGAAGAUGACCCGUUUGAUUUCUCAAAAUUGCUCCCCCCCGCCGCUGAGCCGGAUAAGUAUCUAACAUCCGUGUUUAGCUUCAUCAAACCUUUCGGUUUAUUCCAUUUUAGAAUCUGUAGAUUAUAGUUUUUGCAGUUGAAAUCCUUUCGAAUUAGAUGCUCUUCGUACAAAAUUUUGUCAACAGAGUGAAUUUGUUGACUUGUUGGACCUAUUGGUAAUAGUAAAGUAGUUAUUUUGUAUCUUUGUUUAAUUUGUUAUUGUAUUUAGAAAAGUGUUAGCUACUCUUGAUUGUACUGAUGUUAUUACUGUAUCUGCACUUCAAAAG